AUGGCGAGUAAUAGGGACAACAAGAAUUCCAUUCAAAUACGUAGUGAGUUCGAGAUGAUAUUGAAUGUCUUAUUUGUGAUGAAUCGAUGUUUUUUUCAGAGAAAAAGAAAAACAACGACAAAGAGUUAGAAAAAGGAUCUGGAAAGACCUGCCUCGACGAAAAGGCGGAGCAAAUAACAAUCGAGAGAUCGAAGGCUUUUUUUUUUGAAAAAUCUUUUUUAUUGAAAGUUUCAGAUUGUCAAGUUUAUAAAGCGCACUUUGGAAAAAACGCCAAAUGGACUGCGAACGGAGUUCCAAGCAAUGAAAAGGUUUUUUAAAGUGCGUACCGUUUGAAAAUAAUUUUCAGGACGAACAAUUGGGAGGCAAUGAAGGCUUUCAAGGCGGCGAACGAACUCGGCAAGAAUCGCUACAAGGACGUAGGCUGUCUGGACGCGUCGCGGGUGAAGCUGCAGAUGCCGCCAUGGGACCACGAGUAUAUCCACGGCAACUUCGUCUCGACACCGAGCAAUCCCAAGCGCUUUAUCUGCACGCAGGCUCCAAUGGAGAAGACGUGUGCCGACUUCUGGUUCAUGUGUCUGACCGAGCGUGUCGAAGUCAUCUUCAUGCUGUGCAACCUCAAAGAGAAGGUCAGAAGUUUCCACAUUAUCGCUUGCUUUUACCGUCAGCCGUUCUUGUAUUUUUUACAAGAAGUUCUAAAUACAAAUCUUCUAAAUUUUUCGAGUUUUUGACUCGGACUCAUUUUCUAGAACCAGCGAGAGACAGCCAUUGCUUUGAUUAGUUUCGGUAUCAAUUGAGCAAAAAGGGCAUUCUUCCCUUAAAAGAAACUGUUUAGGUCCAGUCAGCCCUUUUUAUCCAUGACUCUAAAAAGUCAAUCCAGAAACGCUAAAAUGCUCGAAACGUGGCCAUUAUCUCAGGGAGCCAACAAGUGCUUCGAGUACUUUCCGAGCAAAGGAAACGAAACACUGACCUUCGAAGAAGGCAGCCACAAAAUCACCGUCAAGAUGACUCAUGCUCCGGUCAUGGUAAUAACCUCCGAAUGGUGAUUCAUGUCAAGUUUAAGUUGAAAUUCACCGGCGAAGACGUGAAAGCCAAGGUCAAACUGACAACUGUGAUAGUAGAGGGAGCCGGAGAAAGGCCUCUGAGGACCAACCAUUAUCAUUGGAUCGACUGGCCCGACCGCGGAGUUCCUCCAGCCGAUUCUGCCAUCAUCCAGCUUUUGGAAAAAACUCGGGGCACCAAGUAAGUCCAUUGCGAAAAUGAAUUAGGCGUUUUGAAAAAUCUAGUCAUAGCUGGACUGUAUGUAUCAGGGCUGUUAGAAAUAUUUUCUGAGUUUGUUUCUCUAUAAAAACAUGAUAAAUAAAAUGUAUUUUCCGAAUGAAAAUAUUGUAUGUCACUAACGCAUGACUGGUCUGUCACUACAACGAAGGAAUGUUCUCACCAAUUCCUGACUUGGAAAGGAAAUGUAAACCGACGAAUACUCAUUUCCAGUGAAUGAAAAAAGGCGUUAGGGAAUGAAAAAUGCCCUGUACGAAUGUUUGGGAGUUGAUCUAGAGGCUCAUCAUCUGAAUUCAAGGUACCCAAUGGUGGUCCACUGCUCGGCGGGAAUCGGCAGGACCGGCAGCGUCGUGAUGAUCGAGUACAUGCUGGACCAGAUCAGCAGACAGGUCGAUAUCGAGGACACGGACAAGAUCCUUCUCAAGAUCCGCGAUCAGCGCAACAACUCUGUCCAGGUGAGCCCUCUUCUAUCAAUUUUUAUGCUUCUACUUCAAGACGGACCAUCAAUACCUCUUCGUGCACCAAGUCUACCUGAACUACUUCAAAUUUCGCGGCGUCCUUCCCGCCGAUAUAGAGGCUCAUCUCGAAAAGUUCACGAAAGAAUACCAUAAGCUCGUCAUCUGA